AUGGACAAUGAUAGCUGGUGGAAUGAUGAAAUAAACAUCGAGGAGAACGAGGCAAGCGAUGAGGGGUCUAGUAGUAAUGUGUCAAAUACAUUUGACGAAAAUAGAUGGGCGGAAUGGAACGCAUGGAGGAGCUGUAAUGAUGGUACGCAAGAAGAGGCAUAUAUAUUCUGGGCCUUAUGCAAUCGGUUACGUAGAGAUGUGGCCUUACAUGAUUCGACUCAAGAGGUCACAGUUGAGGAAGCUUUAGAAAUGUUUUGCUACAUCGUCGGACAUGGUGUGGUUCAACGAAAUUCAGCUAAUCUAUUUCAACAUUUGGUUGAAACUGUGAAUCGACAUGUGUACGUAGCAUUAUGUUGCCUUGCACGCCAUGUGAUUAAACCAAUUCAAACGACAGGGAUGAUGCCUUAUAUUGAAGGAAAUCCCAAAUAUUAUCCAUGGUUCGAGAAAUGUCAUGGUGCAAUGGAUGAGGUCAUGAUUAAUGCAGCUAUGCCGAGUUCCGUAACUAACGCAUAUUUAAAUCGGUAUCAGCGGCUUGCCCAGAAUGUCUUGUGUGUCUGUGAUUUCAAUAUGAAAUUUGCAUUCGUAUACUCCGAGUGGGAGGGUACAGCCCAUUAUGCUCGCUUUUUAAUUGAUGCAUUAAGGCAUCUGGAAAACAAUUUUUCAUAGCCUCAAGACGGUAAUUUCUACACAUUAUUUAAUUUGCACCUA